ACUGAUCAACUCAGUCCCAGUUUAUUUGUAACAUCUGCUCCCUGAGAUAACAGUUUCCAAAAAAGCACAGGACCUGUAAUAUAGGCACUCGAAGUGUGCUCGCAGCUGCACAGUAGAGCCUGCACCGAGCAUACAGACACAGGCAUGGCAGAGCCUCUGCUUCUCCUGCUGGCAUUCCUGCCAGCAUGUGUACCCCUGCUGAGAUCUCCGUUAGAAAAGGAAUUCUUGCAGUCUCUGGAUCUCGGAGAUGUUUUCUACUAUUUUGGCAAAAAGUCCUCACAUGAAGUUCCAGAGUUCCAGAUCACUUGGCCUGAGAGCAGUCCCAAGGACCAGGCCGGCAGCCCCCAGCUAUGCUCCGUUUCAGCCCAGGGACAGCGCUACGUGUUUGAGGUGGGGACAGGGAGAGGGAAGGGCCCCCUCUCCUGCUCCUUCGCUGUGGACCGGGUGAUAAACACCUCCGUCAGCGUGGUGCAGCGGCUCCCGGGGGUCUGCUGUGAGAAUCCAGCCCUGCUGCGGCCCCUUGGAGCCCGGGCCCUGGUCAGCCUCUGCCAGCAACAUCUGCAAGGCGUGGUGAUGGGAGCCGAGAGCAGAUUGUAUAUUCAACCGUUUCAGGACAAGCAUCUUCCCCUGAUAAGCCACACCGAUGAAGCCAGGCCUCACAUCGCGUUCCAUCAGCUGUACAGACAGGGAGACAUACAGCACCGGACAAAGACUCCGGCCCGGCGUCAACGGAGGGUUGCCGUGGCAGCGGAUAUCCGUCACCUGGAGCUGCUGGUGAUCGUGGGUCCUGACGUGCACCAGAUCCACAGACAGGACACCGAGAGAUACGUCCUGACAAACCUGAACAUUGCUGCGGAGCUCCUGAGAGACACCACGCUGGGGGCCACACUCCGGGUCCACCUGAUCCGCAUGGUGAUUCUGACGGAGCCCCAGGUAGACAUCAAGAUAAACAACAACAUCACGUCGUCUCUGAUCAGCGUGUGCGACUGGGGUGACAAAGUGAACCCCCAAAACGACUCGGACCCCCAGCACGCCGACCUGGUCCUGUACAUCACACGGUAUGACCUGGAGCUGCCUGACGGGAACCGCCAGGUGAGGGGCGUGGCCCAGCUGGGCGGAGCCUGCUCCAGGGGGUGGAGCUGUGUCAUCACCGAGGAUACUGGCUUUGACCUGGGCAUCACCAUCGCGCACGAGAUCGGACACAGCUUCGGGAUUAAUCACGAUGGGACCGGCAAUGCCUGCAGCAGCAGCGGCUUCAUGAUGGCCUCAGAGGGGGGCUACAACAGUGUGGAUCUCACCUGGUCGCAGUGCAGCCGGGAGCAGUUCCUCCGCUUCCUCGGCCAGAGUCAGGCUGCCUGCCUGAAUGACCUGCCUGUGCUGGAGGGGGGUCUCCCUGGCUGGAAGCCCGGGCUGUACUACGGGGCGGACGAUCAGUGCAAGAUCGCGUUCGGGGGCUCCGCGAGGGCCUGCUCCUUCACACGCCCCAACGUGGAUGUGUGCAGGGUGCUCUCCUGCCACGUGGACCCUCGUGAUCGGAGCAGCUGCACUCGCCUGCUCAUCCCCCUGCUGGAUGGCACUGAGUGCGGACCCAACCAGUGGUGCCUGAAGGGGCGCUGUGUUUCCCCGUCUCAGCUCAAGUCCCUGGUGGUGGUGCACGGAGCCUGGUCUAGCUGGUCGGAGCUCUCUCCGUGCUCCCGCUCCUGUGGGGGAGGAGUCAAGUCCAGAAGGAGGCAGUGUAACAACCCCAGACCUGCCUUUGGUGGACAGCAGUGUCAGGGGCAGGACCUGGAAGCUGAGAUCUGCAGCAGACAGGCCUGCUCAAGCACCCAGCUGGAGUUCAUGGCUGACCAGUGCUCCCUCACCAACACCGAGCCGCUGUUCCUCUCCCCCGGAGUGCCCUCUUACUACAAGUGGAUUCCUGCUCUCGGCUUUGCCAAAGGUGACGAUCAGUGCAAGCUCAUGUGCCGGUCCGAGGGGAAGAAUUUCAUGGUGAGCCGGGGGACGCAUUUCCAGGACGGAACGAGGUGUGAGCCGAGCAGCCCUAACUCAGCAGCGCCCCUCAGCGUGUGUGUGGCGGGAGGGUGCAGGGCGUUUGGAUGCAAUGGCAGGAUGGAUUCUGGGAAGGUGCUGGAUGUCUGUGGGCUGUGUGGAGGAGACAGCUCAACGUGCAAUGAGAUCACCGACUCCUACACAGAGGGGAAGCCCAGAGAGUACGUCACCUUUCUGACAGUCCCGCUGAACGCAACACACGUCCGAAUCGUCAACAGCAAAUCUCUUUUCACACAUCUUGCGGUGAAGGUGAAUGGUCAGUAUGUGGUGUCAGGGAAGGGAAGCGUGUCCGUCAGCAGCACACACCCCUCCGCUCUUGAGGACAGCAGGGUGGAGUACCGGCUGCACCUGACUGAGGACAACCUGCCCAGCUCAGAGGAGGUGUACCUGCUGGGGCCGGUGCUGGAGGAGACACAGAUACAGGUGUACCGGAAGUAUGGUAAAGAGUAUGGGGAGGUGACCAGCCCCAGCAUCAGCUACUCCUUCUACAUCCCCAAAGAGAAGCCGUCCUUCAUGUGGGCGUCCGUGACUGCAGCCUGCUCCGUGACCUGCGGGGGGGGGGUACAGAAGACCACCUAUAUCUGCGUUGAUGCGAGCACUAAGGGGGUGGUGGAGGAGACGCGAUGCGGGGGACCCCCCCAGCCCCCCGUCAAACAGGAACCCUGCAGCCCCCGACCCUGCCCCCCCAGCUGGCAGGUGGGGGAGUUCAGUCCCUGCAGCGCCACCUGUGGGAUGGGGGUGAGAGAGCGGCUGCUCCACUGUGUGAGGCGACACAAGGGACUGACGAGCAAACUGCCUCCUUCCAAGUGCCCCCCAGAGUCAGCCCUGCACACCAGCGAGAGCUGCACCCUGGAGCCCUGCCCAGCCAGCUGGAGGUCCAGAACCCGCUCCCCUUGCAGUGUCAGCUGUGGAGGGGGGGUGCAGCAAAGGGAUGUCUACUGCGCAAGGGAUGCUGGGACACAGGAGGAAUCCCUUGCUGAGGAGAGCUGUGGGCACCUGCCCCGCCUGGAGGACUCUGAGCCCUGCAACACCCAGCUCUGCCCCCCGAGGUGGACUGUGUCCCAGCUCGGUAACUGCUCAGCGCUGUGCGGCCCCGGGGUGUCCAGCCGGUCAGUGGCGUGUGUCCGGUCUCUCAACGGCUCCGACGUGGAGGUGGACGAGAGGCUGUGUCCGGAGGCAGAGAGGCCUGCGGAGCACGUGUCCUGUGUGGUCAACGUGUGUCCCAUCGGCUGGGAUUUAAGAACCUGGUCAGAGGCUCCGCGGAUGCACAAGACCGGGCUCUAUGACAUCACUCACCCCAGGGAGCAGCCUGUGUACGUGUGGAGCCCUGUGAUUGGACAGUGCUCUUCGAGCUGUGGGGGAGGGGAGGUGGAAGUGAGCUUCUCCUGCGUGGAUCACGAAUCGAAGGCCGUGGUGAUGGAGGGACAAUGCGGGGAGACUUCCAAACCGGAGAGGAGGCUGGAGGCCUGUAACCAGACGCCGUGCCCUCCAGUCAGGUGGCGCUACAAGGCGGGCGCGUGCAGCGCGUCGUGUGGCGGGGGCGUGGCGCAGAGGGUCCUGUACUGCGCGCAUGACGGCGAGGAGGGCGAGGAGGUCCUGAACGGGACGGAGUGCUGGGCGGCUCCCAAACCUGAAGAGCAGGAGCCUUGCAGCCUGCACCCCUGCCCCCCCAGGUGGAGAGUCUCUGACGCUGGACGUUGUUCCGCCACGUGCGGCUUCGGGGUGGCCGAGCGGUCAGUGACCUGCGUCCAGUUUGACAGAGGAACGGAUAUAGAGGUGGCCGAAACGCAGUGUCCUGUGGCCGGCAAACCUCCAUCCCAGAUCCCCUGCAUGGUCAGCGCCUGCACUUUCAGCUGGGCAGUGCAGAACUGGACAGAGUGCUCUGCUUCGUGUGGCAAUGGGAUCCAGUCCAGGCAGGUGUCCUGUGUCCACCAGGCCCUCUCUCAGUCUCUCAGCUCCCUCUUCUGUAUGCACCUCCCCAAGCCCAUCACCAUCCAGGGCUGCAGCCGGGAACCCUGCCCUGAUGAGACCCCGACCCCAGGGGUCCCAGGGGUACCCACCACCUCCCCACAGAUCCCCAGCCACAGCACCCCGGAACCAGCACUGGAGGACACUGACACCAGUGUCUGCGGGAAGCUGCUGCUCCAGGACACAGGCAUCGUGGACCUGACGGAGGUGCGGACCAGAGACUGCUUGCUGUCCAUCGGCCGGCCGCUAGGGGAGGUCAUCGUCGUGAAGGUCAUCUCCAGCUCCCUGAACUGCAGAGAGAGGGAGUUUGUGCUGUUCUACGACCGGCUGAUGCUGAUGAAGAAGUGCGAGCGCCUGGCGGGCUUCACCCGCACCUCCCGGACCAACGUGCUGCUGAUCCGCCAGGGCAGACUGGCCCCGGGCAGCGGAGUGCUGCUGCAUUACUGGAGCCAGCCGGCCCCGAAGAGAUACUACGGGGACUGUGACGUGCAGCUGUUUGGCUCCUCCGGAGAGCUUGUGAACCCCGUGCGGCCCUCGGAUCCCGGGAGGCAGACCUGCCGCACCUUCAUCAACGUGGCCCCCAGCCGAAAGAUUGAGAUCCGGGCCCUCGGCGUCAACCUGGCUUCAGUGGUCAAUGGGACGCAGUCCACCUACAUACUGAUCCGCGACGUCGAUGCUCUCAAGACCUCGGUGUUCCACGGGAACCAGCUGUUCUUCUGGCGUUCGUCGGGAAGCCGGGCCGAAAUCGAGUUCCAUGGGGAGUACCUGGCACACCCAGGCAGCUUCCGGGCAGAGUAUUCCGUCAUCGACCCUUAACCUCUGACCCCCUGACCCCCUGGACAGGCUCCCACUGUUUACUUGGAGGGUUUCCUUUGGGUAGCUUCAAUCUCAGACACUUUGACCUCAUUGCUCAUUCAACCAGCCUCCUGUCUCUGCAGUGAAACGCUUUUACCACAACAGCGUUGCUAAGUUGCCGGUUGUAUUAAAAAAAAUCUUUAAUACAAGCGCACGAUGGAGCGAUAUUUAGUUAAUAUUACUGUGACUAUGAAAAAGCCACUGAUACUAGACUAGCACGUGCCCUUAUAAGGGUUUACUGCAGCGAAAGCAUGGCAAAGCACGGGCAAGCACGGUGAAUCGCAGGCAGCUAUGGUAAAGAAAACAUGCUUAACCAUAGUCAAGCACAGCAAAUGCCUGAGUGAACGUGGUCAACUUAUAUAAAGGUGUGUGUGUGUGUAUAUAUCUAUCUAGAUAUGCUGAUGACUAUAUAAAAUGCACAUUGAAUAAAUGACAACU